GGAGGGCCUACGCGGGAAUUCCGCACACUGUUGAUGGACGCCAUUAAAAACAGGCGUUUUUUUGAAGGCAGGGAAGAUGGCAAAUACCUGUCAUUUGACAGCAAAGCUGCAGACGGUGAUGAGUACUUCCAUGUUGGAAGAAUGGUGGCCAUGUCCAUUGUCCAUGGUGGUCCAGGGCCUCGUUGCUUUUCCGAGAACUUCUACCACUACCUAGUGGGUAAGGUGAAGACUAUUGAGGCCCCAAUUGCAGACGUACCUGAUCUUGAUCUCAGGAAUGUUCUCCUUGAGAUUAAGAAUGCAACAACCUUGGAAGAACUCUUGGAACUUAACGAUAAGCACGCUAGCAUGCUUCAGACAGCAGGAUGCUAUCGAUGCCUGAGGACACUGGAGGAUAAGGAACAAGUUGUAAAUGAUUACAUCCAGUGGUAUUUCACCUACCGCAACCAUGUUUCCUUCCAGAGGUUCAAGGACGGCCUGGCUACCCUGAACCUUUUCAAUGCUCUGGAACAACAUCCCUCCCUGUUCCAGCCUUACAUGGUUUACAGCGCGGAAGACCUGAAAGCAGAGACUCUAGAGGCGCUGUUCCGUCCACAAAUGAGCCCAACUGGUAGCUCAAACCGCCAGGAGGAGGAGAGAGUGCUUGGCUACUGGCUGGACUACUUAAUCGCUGUAAAAUACAUGCAACUGUUUUAA